AUGUCUCAAUAUGUCAUUGCCCCUCCAAUAUUACAAGUAUUGGGGGGAGACUAUGCUUCAUAUCAGGAUAGUGGCCUAGCGGAGAGGGCGCUGUGGCGAUAUCGGACGCAGAAAGCCUCGGCCUUUGUGGCUGCAGGAGAUUUACAUCUGGCCGCUUUCCUGCUGUUCUGCAUAGUAUUUACUUUAUCGCUAGCUCUGCGCUAUGUUCAAUAUGCACGACAUAAGAAAGAUCGGCGCUUUCCCGACUUUAGUGCCAAACCCGGGCAUUCCAUUCCUCUGCCAUAUGCGUUUGUGCAAUUGGCUGCUUCUAUAACAGCCUGCUGUCUCAGUUGGCUCAUGAUUAACAACCUAGGUAACUGGAAGCGAUCUCUACUGCUGAGCUAUAUGGUCUUAUUAGGAGUCGUGCGAUUAUGCUGUAGGCCAAGCUACCUUCGAUCGCGGGUCUAUCACCACAUGAACGGAAUAGCUAUUGUGGCUUUUAUACUAGCAAUCGUCAAAGACCUGAUUCCCAUGACGAUAGUUGACUCGAAAUAUCGCCCAGAAUCUAUAGAGGGCGCCAUAUUGGUUUCCUUAGCUGGUGUAGUGAUAAUUACACUCGCCACUCCUCGUCCUCGGGCUCCCUUCAUGUUCGAUCCAGAGGUUCACGAGCCACCGAUGAAAGAAGAAAUAUCACCAGAGGAAACGUGUUCCUGGUUUUCAUACUACUGCUCCUACGAGUGGGUAACGUACGUUAUCUUACGGGGAUGUCAAAGAGACUUGACUAUGGAUGAUCUUCCUCCUUUGCCCGCAUAUGACGAACCACGUAAAUGGUUACAGAAGAUCAAGAAGCAACGCCUCAGAGGUGGCAAGACGUUUCAGACUCUGUGCAGACUGCUCAAAACUGAAAUCACGACUAUGAUGUGCUGGUCCGCAACUACGGCGGUGGUAGAGUACUUUGCACCCUAUGCGAUGCUGGGAUUGUUGGCAUACCUGGAAGAUCCUAAGAGUGCUAUCCUACACCCUGCAAUCUGGGUUGCAUUGCUUUUCAUCGGCCCAAUGAUGCGGUCGCUUUGUUACCAACAAUACAUCUUCACAGGCACUCGGCUUCUUGUCCGUGUCAAUAUCUCGCUCGUCCAGGAGAUAUAUCAGACUGCAAUGCGCUCACAUUUAUAUGACGGCUCUAUACAUCAGGCUCGCAUUGAAGAAUCACAGUCAGCGGCGCGUUCGACGCAAAAAUCAAAAGAAGCACCCAAGUCUAGUCAGGCCAAUCUAACAAGCCUGAUGUCCUAUGAUGUUGAUGCUAUAUACAAUUCCAGGGACGUUUUUUAUGUGGCUGCUGCAGGUCCAAUAUCUACCACCCUGGCGAUGGUAUUUCUUUAUAAAAUGCUUGGCUGGCCCUCACUGUUUGGAGUUCUGGCAUUGAUUUGCUUAACCCCUCUCCCAGCCCAAGCAUCUCGCAAGGUUUCGCGCAUCCAAAGAUCUGUCAUGCGUGCAACAGAUGCUAGACUUUCAAAGAUUUCCGAAUAUCUCAAUUCGAUAAGAACUUUGAAGUACUUUGGAUGGGAAUCCGCUGCCGUGGAUUCAAUAAAUGAAGCCCGGAGUGUCGAACAGCGCCGUCUCUGGAGUCGGAGCGUUCACGCAGCCGCAAUUUCUAUGGCAGGGGAUCUGCUGCCCUUAGUGAGCUUGUUGGUAAUGUUUUCUGUUUAUGUUUUCUUUACUCGGCUACCUUUACGGGCCCCUGUCGCAUUUACCUCUCUGUCGAUUAUGGAGACGCUCCGAACACAGUUCGUUUGGCUUUCAAACGUCAGUCGCUUUUCUGCUCAAGGCGCAGAAUCUUUGCGCCGUGUGGACCGUUUCUUUGAGACAGCAGAGGAAAUCAAACGGCACCCAGAAGGACCGCUCGAACUUAAGCAUGCAACUUUCCGACGAACUCCAAUUGCUGCAUUUAGGCUGCAGGAUCUUUCCAUCUCAUUCAAGCAGAAUGCCCUGAACGUCAUUUCAGGCCCAACUGGAGGUGGAAAGACAUCUUUGCUGUUGUCAUUUCUUGGAGAGACUGUGCUGGAAUCUGGAAAUGCUAGUUGCCCUCGAGACGUAGCCUAUGUUCCUCAAACCCCAUGGCUUCAAAACGACACAAUACGUCAAAAUGUCAUUUUCUAUGGCCCAUUCGACGAAGAUCGCUACAAUACUAUCAUCGAGGCAAGUGGUCUGCUGCAAGAUCUUGAGCAGCUUCCGCUCGGUGACGAGACACUCGUUGGAGAAAAAGGGACAUCGCUUUCGGGUGGCCAAAAGCAACGAGUAUCUUUGGCAAGAGCUUUGUAUUCCAAGUCUUCAACCUUGCUGUUAGAUGAUGUCUUUUCAGCACUUGAUACGCACACCACGACACUUGUCUACGAGAAAUGCUUCCGCAGUGGUCUCCUAGCCGAUAGGACUGUGGUUCUUGUCACGCACUUUUCGGCUGCUUUGCAGGACGCCGAACUGAUCGUUCGCUUAGAAAAUGGGAGAGCUUCUAUCAAAACACCGCGCGAUAGUGGACGAACUUCCCAGCAACCCGCAACUCCAGUUUCUGAGCAAAUUGACCCGAAUGCAACACCUUUGGAUAAUUCACAAGUGUUAGCCGAAGGUUCCCACUCACAAGCUCCAGCAAUUGCCAAUCCUGCAUCUCAGGUACAAGAUGCUGUUCAAUCGGGUCGCAUAGCCAAAGAAACAUCUGCUACUGGUCGCAUACCUCGCACGCUUUUCUUCCAAUAUAUGGUCUUGUUUGGCGGGAUAUCCUACGCCUCUAUAGCGAUUCUGGCUACACUCACAGUGCAAUUUGCCUACUUUUCUAUCACGUAUUGGCUCUCCAUUUGGACCGGUGCUUAUGAUCAACAGGAGCAUCCGAACUCAAUCUUUUACUUGUCCGUAUAUGCAGCAGCGAUAGCGACUUUCCUUUUACUACAGCUUGCAAAUAAUUUGAUCUACCAAUAUGGAAGCUGGGUAGCGGCCAAGAAGAUGCAUGCAAAAUUGGUGAAGGCGAUCAUGUUUGCUCCGAUAUCCUGGUUUGACGAGAAUCCCAUUGGGCGUGCUAUCAACCGAUUUGGAAACGACACUCGCUCAUUGGACACAGUCCUGAUUGACUGGCUGCGGAUGUCAAUUGAAAACGGACUUCGCUUUUUGCUUCGCAUCGCAAGCAUUGCCUCCAUAAUGCCUAUAUUUGCACUUCCGGCUGCCGUGAUCUGUACCGCUGGAUUUAUUAUUGGAGAAAUGUACACCCGCGCCCAAGUAUCGAUUAAGCGAUUAUGCUCUAUCAACUACUCUCCAGUGUUUUCUCAUUUCACGGACUCCAUUGCUGGGAUGACUGUUAUCCGAGCUCGACACGGGAUGGAUGAUGUUUUCAGAGAUCUGCUAGCGGACAAAUUGGCUACACAUGCUCGCUCAGCCGAGGCACAGUAUAAUUGCAAUCGCUGGGUUUCUGUCCGGUCUGAUUGUUGUGCUGCUUUUGUUGCUGCUGCUGCCGGAUGUGUAGCAUACUUCCAGUCGGGAUCGGCAGGUCUUGUUGGAUUCUCCCUGACAAACGCGAUUGGCUUGAGCACAACCAUUUUGACACUGGUGCGCACAAUGAACGAGCUCGAAGUCGAACUGAACUCCUACCAAAGAAUGCGCGAAUAUGCCGAUAUUGAGCCUGAGGAAUCAUUAAGCGAGGAGAAACGGGCAAAGGCCCAGGCUUUGCCAGCUAGCUGGCCAACAUCUGGACGUGUGGAAUUCCAGAAUGUCACCGCCCGAUAUCAUGAAGAUGGCCCAAAUGUCUUGCGAGAUGUGUCAUUUGUCGCUAACCCCGGCGAACGAAUUGGUAUCGUUGGUCGGACGGGUAGUGGUAAGAGUACUCUUGGGCUAUCCUUGCUUCGAUUUGUUGAGAUUUCUGGGGGAGAUAUAAUGAUCGACGGGGUUAAUAUUAACCAGAUCUUGCUAAACCGUCUCCGAACGAGUGUGACUCUUAUUCCUCAAGAGCCUGUACUCUUCUCUGGGACGGUGCAGUCAAAUCUCGAUCCAUUCGGCCAGUCAAGUGACACCGAACUCCGCUCUGCUCUUUCUGCUUGCACUACGAUCCAGGUUCCCGGUAGCGAAGUGGAAGGGCAGCCAACCGGCCAAGCCUCUCACUCUCUCAGCCUAGAUACCCCUGUUGCAGCGAACGGAGAGAACUUUAGUCAAGGGCAAAGACAGGUUCUCGGCUUGGCGAGGGCAUUAUGUCGCCGGUCGAAGGUUGUGCUGCUCGACGAAGCCACUGCUUCUGUGGACCAUGAAACUGAUAUGCACAUGCAACGACUUUUGCGAUAUAUGUUUCCUGAGGCUACUAUUAUAGCGAUUGCUCAUCGCCUACGGACAAUCAUGGAUUAUGACCGUGUGCUUGUCAUGGCAGAUGGCGAAAUUAUAGAGAAUGAUUCCCCAGCAAACUUGAUAGAGAAAAGAGGUAUGUUCUGGGACAUGCUACGGAAUACUGGAGAAUACGAUGAACUGGUCCAACUUGUUCAAUGA